AUGAUACUUCUUCUUCUGGUAUCAGUGGCUUCUGCGCAGUACCUUGUUGAAGAUUACAACAAACCAUGCCUCAAAGCUCAAGAAAUUAGGACUGAUAUUGGUGCACCACGAACAAUCUACAGAGCACCAGAAACCGUCUUACAAGCCACAAGAGUAGUUGAACAACAACCGGUCUAUUAUACGCGAAGGCAACAACUACCGUGGAAUAUAAAAAUUAUUGAAAGGCAUUUACCCAGAUAUAACGUGGAAAAUAAGGUUGCAGCUCCAGUUUAUAUUUUGCCAAAACAUGGUCCUGUUCUUGAGCAAAAUACUCCAUUACCACCAACUUCUGACGUAGUCUACAGACCAGACGUCCUGUAUAGAAGAAACUGCGGCAAAUCAGUUAUUACUGCAUAA